AUGAAUCCUUUCAUAUUAUGCAGAAAACUUAAAUUCACUUUGGAACAUAACUCUUCUGGAUUACCAAUAUAUCUAGACAGCAGUACGGGUGUACUACGUGCAAGUCAAUCACUAUGGCAAAAACAAAAAGAUAAAACACUAUUACUAAGUGUCACUGUAAAAAGUAUUGAUCAUGAUAAGUUUUCAGACAGUGCGUCGGUUAUUAUCUCAUGGAAAGAUGAAUACGUAAAUGGAAACCAUAACAGCAAAACUGGUUAUGAUGAACGAGAUCGCGUCCCUGAAAAGGUUGAAAAACAAAUGCCAAAAUUAAAGAUAGCUACACGUUCAUUUAUCAGAUCACAUUCUAUUGAACUUGAAUUAACCCGAGAGGACAUCAAACCUACAGAGAAUGUUUGUCAUGGUCAAGCAUGGUCAAUUACUGCGAAGAUUAUAUUCCCGCCUGGUAACCACAAUGUUCAUAUUGAAUUAUUAGCACCAAGAUACGUUAAUGAUCUUUGUGGCUACGUCAAAUAUUUUGGGGUUUCAUUUAUUGGUCACCAUAUAAAAAUAGGUAAAAUCAAUUUAACUAAACUAAAUCAUCUUGGAACUACUCCUGAUGAUUCGGAGUUUCAGGCUUCAUACAUUGAAAACAAUCAUUCAGCUCAAGUUGAAACAGAAAAAGUUGGUGAAAUUAACUUUAAAAUCAGUUUUCCAUCCAAUUCAAUGCAAACAUAUUCACUAAAACUAAAAUUUAAUAAGUUUAUACUUGGGGAAAUAUGCUAUGCAACUAUUACAGAUAUUGGCACUGGAAUUAGGCAAAGGAUUAUUGGUAUGAGGCUGCACACAAGUUAUUCAACGCAUGGAAUAAAUAAAUUAAGAUCUGAAGCCACAGUUUAUCUGGGAUUAGUGGAAAACCCAACAGAUGACACAACUAAACACUACAUUACCUUAAAUGUAAAAAUAAAGCCCCAUCAAGAGAAGAGUUUUCCUAAUGUAUUCACUACACAACUAAUAACUGAUUUUAUUUUAAGUUCAGGUCAAAAAGAAACCUCAUCAUUGUCUUUUAAAGUUACUAAGUCUAAGCCACAAGUUAUUCCAUCCCAUAAAAGGCCUAUAGCUGUCCUAACUGUUCUCAAUCCAAUAACAAAUGUUCGUACAAAAAACUAUUAUACAACAGUGUUUGCCGUUAUUACUUGGUCUGAGAUGAUUUUAUACAGUCCAGUAAGCAUAAUUCUUCAAACAUCUUCUCAUGAAUCGGAGCUAAUCGAACAGCAAUUUUGUUCAAUAGGUAAAGCUUUAGAAACAGUUGUCCCAAUUAAUGCUGAAAAAUCAAUUAAAAAUAAUGUUGGACGUAUUGAGCUACCUUCAGUUUAUAUACAAUCAUUUGGUAAUUAUACUAACGAAGAACGAUCAAUGACAAUAAAAUAUGUAAUACAAAUCAAUGAAAUUGAGGAUAUUAUACUAAGUCUUGAUAUUCUAUUUAGUGGAGAAAAGAUAACAAAAGAGAUCACAUUAUCACCUACAACUAAUACACCUCAAUCUGCACUUUCUUUAAAUGAACAACCAUCUGGACUACUACAAAGUCUUCUAAUUAGUCGUGCAGAUAAUUAUCUUCAUCCAGAUUCAUUCAGCAUUAUUAUGGCAAGUGUAGUCAUUUCUCCAAGUGCUAGACAACAAUGCUCUAUGAAAAUUGAAACAUCUAAAGUUCAGAAUGAAGUCAAUUUUAUUGAUCCUAAAAUUUUGGAUACUGGUUUGGCAAUAACAUCUCAUAAAUUUCAAUUUAAUGUAUCAAACAGCAUAGUAUAUAUAGGGAUUGGUAAUCAACAAUUUGAAGAUAAUCAACAAGCAAAUGGUGCGGUUACCAAAAACGAACCAACAUCUAUUAACAUUAUGAUUCCGUUAAACAUUACUUCCACCGUUUCUAAUUCCAUCGAUCUGAAGCUUGUUUUAUUUGGUGAAAAGCAAAAUUAUGAAUUCCCAUUUAUGUUUAAUAUUGGUCCUUUGCAGACUAUGCCACCUACUGCUCUCUUAUCAAUAACAUAUGAAAUUGACGCCAUAAACAUUGAUAAACAACCGGAUCGUACCGAUACGCCUCUUACUCCUGGUGAAAUUGGACGAAUUUACAAUCGAAUUUCUUUAAAUUUACCGAAAUGUGAAGAAUAUCAAAUAUCAUUUUCUACCUUACCUAACUCUCCAUGGCCAGUUGAUAUAAUUGAUAUCCUUAUUUUGGAUGUUAGUAAUUACAUUUGGAUUUCCGAUUUGUCAGAUUAUCAAGUUAUUAAAUAUAGUAGACCUGGUUCACUUACAACUGAUUUGGCUUCAGUCAAACUAAUGAUAUGUGCUCCUGCUGGGUUCGGAAAUGAGGUACGGGUUGAUGUACUUAUUCGUCCAUGGAUUCGAAACAAUAAUGAGAAAUUAAAAAGUCAGCAAAGUGUUACAAUCAUUGGAAAUGUAAAAAUUAACAGGAUUAGCUCUGAAUUUAAUCUCACUCCAUGUAUAUUUAACGUUUCUUCGGAGAAAAGUAUGAAACAAUACAUCCCUGAAAAUAAUAAACCUUUAAAUGCUAAACAGCUGAUAAAGACCGACUAUCUAUUAAUUUUGUUGAUGUUUCUCACAAACCUUAAUAAAUUACGCAAUAUGUAUCGUACUGUAAUGAGAAUGAAUAGACGAGGCAAUUUCAAUGAACACUCUAAAAGUAUCAUAAGAAUUAAUGUCAUUGCUCGUGUGUCCGAUAGCAGAGUGAUAAACAGUGGAUCAAAAACAAAGUUAGGAAUGACAGCAAAAUUUGGAAGCUUGUCAGGAACUACAGAAGUUUUUCAAGUAAUCAAAAGAAAUGGAAAUGAACGAGCAAUCAUUUCUAUGAAUUUACAGGAGAUACAUGAAACUGGAAAAGAUAAACAAUUUUAUGGUGAAGGGGAUAUACUUAUAUUAAAUCUAGAAAUGAAAAUGGAACGAAACUCCUCUCUUGAAUGUUCCAGGCAUACACUGAAUGUUUAUCCUGGAGUGAGUGUGAAAAAUGUAGACGUCUCACCGCUUCAGCCAAAUCUAUCAUUCAUGUACUACAAAGUGCCAAGUACCAAACAGUCUGGCCCACUUGUAUUUAAAGGAAAUUCCUUUCGCUUUGAUAAUGCAAUCUCGGUCAAAAUCUAUGUCUACUUCAAAGACCAAAUAUUUUUACCAUCACAAAAAAAUACGGCAAAAUAUACUGUCGUCGCAGAGCUUGUUUGUAUUUCCACAAACAGACCUCAACAAGUUAGCCCAUACAUCAGUAGAUUCAUGAGUAAAAGAACCGUUACACUUGCUAGCACAAAUUUCAUCAAUAUUACAAGGAAAAAAUGUGGUAAUGUUGUAAAACUUACAGAAAAGCAAAAUAUUCAUAAUUGUUCAGUUAAUUCAUUGUCUACAUUGAGCAUACAUGACACUGUAGGAGGAUCACAAUCAAAUUCUCUUAUUUCACAUCAACCUAUAACCAUUCUCUUCGAUCACUUAGUAUAUGUUAGUCAAAUUAGUCCUAUUUCACUAGAUUCAAAUAAUAAAAUAAAAAUAUUAAAUGUUUCAACAACUACCGAUGGAAUAUUAUUUAAACACAUUGUGACGAUGAAGGAGAGUAUAAAACAACCGUAUAUGGACAAUAUAUACUUUAAUCCUCUACUUGCUACAAGAGGAUUACAUUUUAUUACUAUUGACGCUCAAGAUAAUACGCGAAAUGCAAACUUUUCAGUUGAAGUUUAUGGUUGUAGUGCUAUUUGGGAUCCUCUAAAAUUCGAUCCUUGUUCAAAAAAAUUUGUUGAAAAAAACAAUGAAAACAAACCCUUAAAAACUAUGUUAAUGACUAAAGAAUUUAUCUUCUAUUGUGAAGUAUCACCGCUGAAAAUCAGAAACAUUACGAAUGAAAAGCAUUGUUUUAUGAUUACAGGAUCAUUUCCAAUUACUCUAACAGACAUGGGACAUGUAAUAAACGAAAUUAUAAUGUUACUAAAACCAAGUAAUGUUAUCGUGGGAAGAAACAGUCGUAAUAAUAGUACACUUAUAAGUGAGAAUAUGGGAAAGUCAUGGAUAGUUACAAAUCAAUGGAAAUUGAAGAAUAUGUUGUCACAAUCAUCUGAGAUUAUUAAUUCUUAUGAAACUCCGUGGUUCAAUAUUCAAAAUAAAUCCUGUGAUGACUUUACUAUCAGUCUAUGCAAUCCAGGUGGUGAUCCAUGGAAAUUUGGCGCCACAGUUAACCAUUCAACUUCUGAUAUAUCAAGACAUCACAUUAUACUUGGUGAUUGCUUCUAUCCAGUUUUAGAUAAUAUUCGUUUUACCUCAGAUAGUUUUAAAAUUACUGUGUCACCAAGUUCUAUCGGCAUUCCAAACAAAAUUAUUGGACAACUUACAUUUCGAGAUAGUGUGAACCCUUCAAACCUACAACUUCUCGUGACGAGAAGUGAUGCAGCUACCAAUACAUUGUGUCCGACUGAAGUAAUAGCACUAAGUGUUCAGCUUGGUCUACCUGCUGGUACAACUGCAAUAACAGUUGAAUUGUUUGGUCCUACUAAAGAUACUAUAAUCUACGGUUUUGUUGAAUUUAUUGAUAUUUCAUAUAUUGGAGUAAGAGUUUCAAACAGGGAUUUUUCAAUUGGCGUACGAAACACGACUAUAGAAACUGAUUACGAAUACAAAAAUACGUAUACAGCUGUUGAUUUAUCAAGUAUCACAGUGAUAGAUAUACCAAAUGUUGUAGAGAAUUAUAGUUUAACAUUGCGUUUUGCUGUUGGUUUAUGGAGUAAUAAUUCAAUAGUAGAUGGAAUGCAGUUUAUUUGUAACUGUAAAGUUUCUGACGGUAUUUCAGUGGUAACCAGUACAACUACAAUCACAUCACGUAAAUUAUGUACAGUUUUUCAACCAGAAUUAAACAUGUUAUCUAAUUUUCCAUACAUUGUACCGGGAGAUAUAUUACUGUUUCAAGCAGAAGCAUAUUUUACAUUUGAAACCGGAAAUUAUACGUUCACAGUAUAUAUAAUCGGUUCCUCAUCUACUAUUAGCAACUUUGAAGUAAUUCUAGGUAAUGGGAUGAACUAUCCAGAAGGAUCUGAAGUUAGGCAAUCCGAAGAUGAGCUGACACUUACAAAGCAAAUUGAUGUACAAAUGAAAGGACUUAAAAAUAAAAAUGCUAGAGCGACAUAUCUGACUAAAUCAAACCGCUCAGUGAAAUUAAACGCAUAUAUACAAGCUGUAACAUACCCAUCAACGAGAGCAAUAGUUGGAUUUCGAUUCCGUUAUUCUCAAGCUGAUGUAAUUAUUCGUGAGCUUCAAAUACCUAUUAUAGCUAAUUAUAGAGACUUUAUAAAUGUUUCAAAACCUACUUUCAACUUUUCAGGAAUUUCAAAUCCAGCAAAAGUUGAAACAUUCGCUGAAGUUUUUUUCAGUCUUAGACUUCCUCCUUCAUCAAAACAGAUUUAUGCUGUAGAAGUAGGCUUUGAUAACGUUUCUUUGGGUGAAUUCUGUUAUUCUACCAUCACAGAAGUUGGAAAAGGGAUCACAAACAGAAUAACAGGGAUGAGAUUGUAUACGGAAUAUAUGACUCAAAAGCUAACAAUGCUUCGAAGAAUGGCGGUAAUAAAUCUUGGAGUAUUGGAAAAUCCAGCAACAAAUAAUACAGAGUAUUAUGUGAUUUUCAAAAUAAUUGUAAGACCAUCCAUAGAUAAAGCUUUUCCAACAAUCAGUGAAACUCAAAUUAAUGCACGAGUUUUUAUUACGGGUACACCUCAACAACAACAACAAUCAAUUGCAUUUUCUGUUGUCGAUGAGCCAAUUUUGCCGAUUACAGCAAAUAAUUCACCCAACGUGAACCUUUACAAAACCGAACCUGCUCUAAGUGAACCUAUGGACACAUAUAACGGAAUUCUAUUUGCUGAAAUUUCUUGGGUUGAACAAGUGAUCUAUAGUCCCGUCCAGAUUUUACUUAGCAUUGUAGGUUCCGGAACAACAUUAACUGAAAUAAAAUUUAUUUCGGUUGGAAGGUCACUGAUCACUGUAAUCCCCAGAGCUUCAAAUAUGUCAACUACAAACAACACAGGUAUAAUCGAACUUCCCUCUGUAUAUGUUGUUCCCACUCCUUAUAAAUAUGACAAUAUAUUAAUCAUCAAGUGUUCGGUUAAAAUCGUCGGUACAACAAAAUUCAAAGUUAUAUUAGAUGUUAUAACUGGAGGAUAUACAGCAACUAGUCAGGUUAACUUUGCACCGAUUGCUGCCAUAUCACCUCCUCAAUUGACAAGUAGUCAAUUACCUUACUGGGCAAUUGACAGUUUGGCAACCUCUCGCAAUAAUAAUAGUGUAGUACGAGGUGCAUUUAAUUUACUUUCAUUCUCCAUGAUUAUAUGUUCAGGCGCAAGACAAACAUAUUCAGCUCAACUCUACGUUUUACAAAUUACAAAUAUUGUAACUUUUAUGAAGACAAAAACUAUUGUUUUUGGUAGUUCCAUUAGUAAGUCUGGAACCUCGUCCACUAUUGCCAAUGCUAAUACUAUAAACUUAAAUAUGGCUUCACAGUACUUUGAUAGUAGUGAAAGUAUCUCAAAUUCAAAAAAGGAAAGAUCAAUAUUCACUUUUCUUGUACCCUUAAAUGUCAAUUUACUGGCAUCUUCAGUUGUUUCAGUGAGUGUUACAGUUCAAUAUGGAACACAAUCAGCUCAAACGUUCGUCAGUUUACCUGUUAUCCAGCCUGAAUUGAGUAUACCACAAACUUCUACCAGUUAUCAGAUAGAUGCCAUUAGCUACCAAGACAGACCAUAUGAACGUACUUCCCUUGUCGCACUUGGACAAACUGUUCGACUUUAUAAUAAAAUUGGUCUUCCAAACACUAUGUGUACAACAUACUCAUUUGAAUUUACUAUGUCAUCCAAUUUAUGGCCAAUUGAUUUUCUUGAUGCACAACUCGUGAGCUAUAGUGAUUUUAUAUGGUCCACUAGUACUAUCAACCCUUUAAUAACUAAAUUGGGUUCACCAACAUACAACAAAAUUACUAUGGACUUGGGAUCAUUAUGUGUUCCGGAAACAUACGACAAUCAGGUCCGAAUUGACCUAUUUUUUCGCCCAAGGAGUAAUUUUUCAGCGAGUACUGUAAAUGGAAAUAUAACUGUGUCUGUUAAAAGUUUGCUUACAGUGGGUACUCUAUCUAGUCCAUUGUCUCUGUCAACAGGCGUUUUUGUAUUUAAUAAAGAUGCACUCAUGAAAGAAAAAACCUUGGAUCAAAAACAUUACAAAUGGAAUUUCUUUCAACCAGGCAUAUGGACAAAGUUCACAUUUAGAGUACAAGUACCAUUUGCCUCUUAUCUGCCUGAUUCAUCUAUCUUUGUGGGUGGUGCUAAUUCUAGUGCAGAGAAUGAAUCAAUUUUUACUGUUAAUGGUGCACUCUUAACUUUUGGAUCUAAUUUGGCUGGAUUAAGGUUGGACCAAUUUAAACAAGUAUACUCAUCUACAUACAUGAAUGGACAAAAGGAUUUGUUGGAAAUAAAAUUGGGAAAUGUUGUCAAUACAGGUGUUCUUUUACAACCAGAUUCAACCAGUAUAAAUGAAAAUGACAUAGCGGUUGAAGUAUCGAUUCGCUUAUCUGAUAGUAAACUUAGUGAUAAUGGAACGAAUGUUACGCUUCCUAUUCGAGUUAAAUUUGGUAGCCUCGAAGCUGUCAAUCAAAUGGAAGGUAAAGUGUUCAGGGUUGGAGACGAAUUUCUUAAUCUACAGAUGAAUGUUAUAAAUUUAGAUGAAAACGUGACUGGCCUGGUAUAUAAUCCGAAUGAUACAAUAAACCUGAGAGCUAAAAUUCAAAUGAUGAAUAACUCGAAAAUGGAAUGUGGAAAACAAUGGCUAAAUAUUUAUCACAGUAUGGCCGUAAAAUCAGCAGAAAUUCUGUACUCCAUACCACCAGACUCUGUUCAGUUCAAAAGAAACGAAACAAUAACUGUUAAGGAACUCACACGUUUUCAAGCAAAUGGUUUCUAUUUUGAUAACAAUAUAGAUCUCUACUUCGGGCUACAGCUAAAUGACAAGAUAUUCAUUCCAAAUGGUAAAACAGAAGCAAAUCUAACAAUAGUUGUUGAACUUAUUUGUAUUACAUAUAAUCGGGAUAGAACUCUAUUAAAUUCAUGCAAUAAUCCGACAUUGAAAAAAAUCAUGAGGAAAGUUGUGGUUAAAACUAAACAACAAACUAUAACGGGUUCAGAUUGUGAAGAAGAUUUGGGCCUUUCUAACAGUCAAGUAAUUUUACCAUGUCAGAUCACUUCAUAUGUGUCACCCUAUCUUGGAAAUACAGAAGAGCAAAUUAGAUUCUAUUCAGCGUCCGGUUGGAAACCAUUUGUUCGUCCAGGACCACAUGAUCCUUUACGUUAUAUCACUAUUUUAUUCGGCCAACAAACAAAUGUCAGUCGAAUAGAUAUUAAUCUGAUAAACACAGCUAAUCAAGUUAUGAUUUUCCACUUGAUGGGAACCAACGAUGGCCAGUCGUUCUUCGAUUUUAAGACAGUGUCAGUUUCCUACAUAAAUCAAAGUUAUGGCCGCAUAUUUCUUCAGCCAAAAUUUGUCUCAAGAGGAAUGCGAUUAAUCGUCAGUGAGACAACAAAUGAAAAUAUUGAUGUAUCUUUUACACUUGAACUUUAUGGAUGUAGACUUAACUUGGACACAAACACAUUUGAUCCAUGUGGUGUCCAAAAUGGUUAUGUGAGCCCAUCAAACAACGGUCUACGAAGUUAUCUUUAUGCUGAUGGUUAUCUUUUCUAUUGUGAUGAAUUCCCUACCACAAUAAAAUCGUACCUUACUGAAAAACGGUGUUUCGUGACAUACAACAAUGCUGACGUGAAGUGGACAGACCUAGGGCCAUUCAUUACAAAAGUCUUGAGUUACAUAAGUCCUAGUAAUAUAAUAUUUGCUCAAGGUCAAAACGAUGAUAGUAUCUUAUUGAGUAGUGAUUACGGAGAAAGAUGGACCUCCACUAACUUGUAUACACAAGUGAAAUUGACCAGAAAUGCAAAUUAUUACAUAAAUUCAACUAUUAUACCAUGGACUUAUGCUGCUGGAUAUUUUGAUCAAAGUAUUACUGGUAUAUCAUGUCAGUUAUACCAACAAAGUUCAUAUCAGUUUUGCUUUCAAGGCAUUUACAAAACUAAUACAAUGGUGUCUGAUUGGAACAGGAUUUGUCCGGCCCUCCCUUAACG